ACCAGCUGAGCACAUCCUUUUCCAGGAGUCCUCCUCCUGCCUGUACCUGAGCCCAUGUUCUGGGGACUGCCUGGAAGUCCGGAGCCUCCUCCCGAGGGGGACCUGGUGCCCGGCGGCCCCUCUUAGGAUGAACCAGCCGGUCGAGUCCCUGGGACUCUGCAGAAUGACAUAGAGGAGGCAUUUCAAGCAGUUGGGAGCUGGGCUUGCUUCAGGACCCUGCCAACUGGAGGUAGCGUGUGAAGGGGGUCUCUGUUCCCGAAGGAGGGGAUCAUGGCCUCCAUGUUGCUCACCCGGCGGCUGGCCUGCAGCUUCCAGCACAACUACCGCCUACUUGUGCCCGGACCCAGACACAUCAGCCAAGCCGCAGCCAAAGUCGACGUUGAAUUUGAUUAUGACGGGCCUCUGAUGAAGACGGAAGUCCCAGGGCCUAGGUCUCGGGAGUUAAUGAAACAGCUGAAUAUAAUUCAGAAUGCAGAGGCCGUGCAUUUUUUCUGCAAUUAUGAAGAGAGCCGAGGCAAUUACCUGGUCGAUGUGGAUGGCAACCGGAUGCUGGAUCUUUAUUCCCAGAUCUCCUCCGUCCCCAUAGGUUACAACCACCCUGCCCUCAUGAAACUCGUCCAACAGCCUCGGAACGCGAGCGUGUUCAUCAACAGACCUGCCCUCGGAAUCCUGCCCCCCGAGAACUUUGUGGAGAAGCUUCGCGAGUCCUUGCUCUCGGUGGCUCCCAAAGGGAUGUCCCAGCUCAUCACCAUGGCCUGCGGCUCCUGCUCCAACGAAAACGCCUUCAAGACCAUCUUCAUGUGGUACCGGAGUAAAGAAAGGGGUCAAACCGGUUUCUCCAAAGAGGAGCUGGAGACAUGCAUGAUCAACCAGGCCCCCGGGUGCCCGGACUACAGCAUCCUCUCCUUCAUGGGCGCGUUCCACGGGAGGACCAUGGGUUGCUUGGCGACCACGCACUCCAAAGCCAUUCACAAGAUCGACAUCCCGUCCUUCGACUGGCCCAUCGCGCCGUUCCCACGGCUGAAAUAUCCUCUGGAAGAGUUUGGGAAAGAGAACCAGCAAGAAGAGGCUCGCUGUCUAGAAGAGGUGGAGGAUCUGAUCGUGAAAUACCGGAAAAAGAAGAAGACGGUGGCCGGGAUCAUCGUGGAGCCCAUCCAGUCUGAGGGUGGGGACAACCACGCGACCGACGACUUCUUCCGGAAGCUGAGAGACAUCUCCAGGAAGCACGGCUGUGCCUUCUUGGUGGACGAGGUCCAGACGGGCGGCGGCUGCACCGGCAAGUUCUGGGCCCACGAGCACUGGGGCUUGGAUGACCCUGCAGACGUGAUGACCUUCAGCAAGAAGAUGAUGACCGGCGGCUUCUUCCACAAGGAGGAGUUCAGGCCCAACGCUCCUUACCGGAUCUUUAACACCUGGCUGGGGGACCCGUCCAAGAACCUGCUGCUGGCGGAGGUCAUCAACGUCAUCAAGCGGGAGGACCUGCUGAGCAACGCAGCCCAUGCGGGGAAGGCCCUGCUCACGGGGCUGCUGGACCUCCAGGCCCGGUACCCCCAGUUCAUCAGCAGAGUGAGGGGACGAGGCACCUUCUGCUCCUUCGACACUCCAGACGAAUCUGUACGAAAUAAACUCAUUUUAAUAGCCAGAAACAAAGGCGUGGUGCUGGGGGGCUGUGGCGACAGAUCCAUUCGCUUCCGACCCACUCUGGUCUUCAGGGAUCACCACGCGCACCUGUUCCUCAAUAUUUUCAGCGACAUCUUAGCCGACUUCAAGUAAAGAAGCCAUUCCCCCUGCGCUCGAGAAAGCCCUGAUUCAACAGUUGUCAAAUUGAUUAGUUUGCCUAAUUCAUGUUUUCACUUAAAGUAUCAGAGGCGAAUGCAUAAACCAGAGGGUUAUUGGUGGGGAGGGGAUGGUUUGGGGGCUCGGCGGGAGGGGAGGGGCCGAGGGGCUGGCUUGGGUUUUCCUCCCUGCAGAGCCGGUGCGGCACAGUGGUCGAAGCCCAGAAAUUCUGCUUGAGCCCUGGACGUAGUCUCAGGACGGCCCACGCGGGUCCUGGCCGUGUAUCUGUCCACUUUGACCCUGACAAUUUCUUUGGAAGCCAGUCAAGGGAAUGACACCUGCUCUGGAACUGGUGGCUGGGACUUGUGGGUUCCAUCCCUUUCAGUGUAGUAGUCUGUGAUCGGGGGUGCUGGCUCCCUUCGCCCUCUGCAGCAAACACGCUCUCACCCCUCACCAGCCCCUGGAGCCCUGAGCACGUCCCAUGGUCGGUUCAGGGAGGGACAGGACAGAGCACAGGAAGGCAGGACAGCAGGACAUCAGGAUGACCCAGGGGGUGUGGGAGGGGGUCUUCUGGCUUCCUUGGGACUUGGGCCACACCUCUCAGUGCAUCUGGGGAUUUCUCUAAACUGUGAAUCCUGUCCUUGACGGGGCUCUGCCCUGGGAGAACCACCUGCGGCGUCACCCACGGUUCUUACUCACCGUCCCCAUUCCCCAGACUCUUUCCCUCCUGUUAAAUGUCAGCCUAGACCUCUGUGGAAGGAAGGCGCAGCCUGAGCAUCCGCGGGGACACACGGGAGCUGAAGGAUCAGAAGCACAAGCCAGUCUCCCAGCAGUUGGGGGUGGGGGGGAGAGGGAGGGGGCAGGAGCCCAGGGGCUGGGGCUUCGGGGGCCCCUUCCUCCCCCUCUCGCAGUUCCUUUCUGGGGUCUGACUCGCGGACCCUGCAUCCCGCAGGCUCUUUCUCUCAUCCUUGCUCAUCCGCCUUUGUCCACUUCUGAGCAGAUGCGGGAACAGCUCUGCUGUUCCACCAGAGGCCAUUAAAACUGCCGAACGAGGUUUCUUCUGGAGGGAAGCGUCGUGAAUUACAGGCACCAGAGGGAAGAAACAGCCUGGUGGUUCGAGAUGCUUUCCUUGUCCUGGCCACUCCAAGUCAGAGAUUUUCUGACACGAGUGAGGAUGCCUCAGGGCACAGGCUCAAGGCUUAAUUGGACUCUGGCUGGGACGAAGGAUCUGUGCUGGAGGCAAGGCAUUCUUGGAACUGACUUGACCUCAAAUGUUCCCCAAAGGGGCAUUGUUAGUCCUACAGCGAUGAAGUGUUGAUUAGUGGGUGGAGACAGAAAGUCUGGCUUGUAUUCUCUGUCCAGAAAGAAGCCGCCCCGUCUCCUGGUGCCUUGGUGGACUGCUGGGGGAGACGGGCGUGUCGAGGCUCUCGAUGAGUACUUUGCGCUUUUAAUAAUUCAUCAUCCAAAGA